GGGUCCCCCGCUUCCCGCGGGCCCCGGCAGGAUGCACGCCGCCCUGGCGGGGCCACUGCUCGCCGCCCUCCUCGCCACCGCCCGCGCCCGCCCGCAGCCCCCGGACGGAGGACAGUGCCGGCCGCCCGGAUCGCAGAGGGACCUGAACUCCUUCCUGUGGACUAUUCGGCGCCAUCCCCCAGCCUACCUGUUUGGCACCAUCCACGUCCCUUAUACCCGCGUCUGGGACUUCAUCCCAGACAACUCCAAGGCAGCCUUCCAGGCAAGUGCCCGUGUCUACUUCGAGCUGGACCUGACGGACCCCUACACUGUCUCGGCACUGGCCAGCUGCCAGCUGCUGCCCCCCGGGGAGAACCUGCAGGAUGUGCUGCCUCAGGAGCUCUACUGGCGCUUGAAGCGCCACCUAGACUAUGUGAAGUUGAUGAUGCCUUCCUGGAUGACGCCCGCACAGCGGGGCAAAGGGCUGUAUGCUGACUACCUGUUCAAUGCCAUCGCAGGCAACUGGGAGCGCAAGAGGCCUGUGUGGGUGAUGCUCAUGGUGAACUCGCUCACAGAGACGGAUGUGCGCUCCCGGGGCGUGCCUGUGCUGGACCUCUACCUGGCCCAGCAAGCUGAGAAGAUGAAGAAGAGCACUGGUGCCGUGGAGCAGGUGGAGGAGCAAUGCCAUCCACUCAACGGACUCAACUUCUCUCAGGUGCUGUUUGCCCUGAACCAGACCCUGCUGCAGCAUGAGAGUGUGCGGGCUGGGAGCCUGCAGGUGCCCUAUACCACAGAGGACCUCAUCAAGCACUACAACUGUGGAGACCUCAACGCUGUCAUCUUCAACCAUGACACAUCCCAGCUGCCCAACUUUCUCAACACCACCCUCCCACCGCAUGAGCAGGUGACAGCCCAGGAGAUUGACAGCUACUUCCGCCAGGAGCUCAUCUACAAGAGGAACGAGCGCAUGGGAAAGAGGGUCAUGACGCUGCUGCGGGAGAAUGAGGACAAGAUCUGCUUCUUCGCGUUUGGAGCAGGACACUUUCUGGGGAACAACACUGUCAUUGACGUUCUGCGGCAAGCAGGGCUGGAAGUGGACCACACACCUGCUGGGCAGGCCAUCGACAGCUCUGCUGCCAGGAGCUCAGCACCCCCUCCUGAGGAGAUUUCAGCCAGCCCAGCCCCUGCAACCCCAGCCGCUGCCAUCCCUGAAGCACCCUCAGUGACCCCCACUGCCACCCCUGAAGAGGAGGAUCCAGCCCUGUCCCCACACCUCUUGCUCCCCGACAGCCUUAGCCAGCUGGAGGAGUUUGGGCGACAGAAGAAGUGGCACAAGAGGCAGAGCAAGCACCAGCGGCCAAGGCAGUUCAACGACCUCUGGGUCCGAAUCGAAGACAGCACCACUGCCUCACCACCGCCACUGGCCCUCCAGCCCACCCCCAGCUCUGGGACCACCAAGCCUCCCUUCCAGCUCUCUGACCAGCUCCAACAACAGGACCCGCCAGGGCCCACCAGCAGCUCGGCGCCGACCCUGGGCCUCCUCACUGCUGUGGCUGCCACCAUUGCCAACCCCUUCCUGCUACACACUCUCGGGCCCUCCUGACCUUGGCCACCACAUGCAGAGAAGCCAGAGAAAUCACGUGAGGGUCUGCGACCACCCCAUGGCCCCUACCUCCACCUCCAGGCGUGCCACCACCUCAAGGGCAGUCGAGACAGGACCCUUUAGAAAACUAGAGUUUUAUUGUACCAGUUACAUCUUCUUUUUUGUAGAAGGUCUUAAUUUCCCAUAGUGCUAUGGGGCUCUUUUGUAAAAUAUGUAUCAAUAUUAAAAGAGAAAAAAUGUAUUUAUUCUACCGAUAAAACUAUUUUUAUGUGGCCUAUGUUGUAGCCCCUGAAUUGGCCCUAAUACCAACCCAAAGAGGAAUCCAGGUUGCCGAGACAUCUGUGGCCUGCUGACCCUGGCUUUGCACUGGCUUUGCUUCUGGAUCUCCAGAGCCUUCUGGGUCAGACUUGGCUCCCCCACCAUGGGGAUGGCCAAGGAUGGGACAGGCAGACAGGCUUAGCUUUUGUGACGCUGGAUGUGGGAGUCGUGUGAAUGCUGCCUGUCCUCCCCUCCCUGGGAUACAUCCUGGGCUAUGGAAAGAAAGAGAAUGCUGCUAUUAUCAACCCCUGAGCAUCUGUGAACUGGCCCUCCAGAGUGCUAGGUGAGUGUUUCAACCAAAGUGCAGGGGUGGGAUUGGAGAGGCAGUGCCGGGCGUCAAGAGAGGCAGCCCCAGUCCCACACAGCAAAUAGUUACCCUGAGAUUCAAAGAGUGCAAGGUGGAGCUGCCCAAGGUCACAGAGCGGGUGCGCAGGUAGCUGCGGGCCUCUCUGUCCUGCCGUCCUCACUCCGACUUGGAUCAGAGGCGCUGUGGAAGUCACAGAUGAGUGGAAUAAGCUGGGCCAAAGGACAGGAGUGGGCACAGAGGACAGUUCCAGGGAGAGGGACACUAAGGGUCACCAGUUACAAUAAUGACAGUGGCGAUGAGAAUGGCUGUUUGUCCAAACCCUGCAGUGUCAGGGAGUAUUUUGCAUAUUCACUGCAUCGUGGCUCCUCAGACUAGCACUGUGAAGUAUGAAGGCCCCCAUUUCCCAGAUGGGGGAAAUGUACCCCACAAAGAGGCAAAGGGACUUGCCUAAGGUCACACAGCUUCAGAUCAGUAUGAUACCAGUGACCCUUGUGUUAUGGUCUGUGUUCUCUGACAUAUUCUCUGCCCAGGAAGGCUCCAACACCCUGGGACCAGCUCUCCAGGUUAGCCAAAGAUACUGGGUACUCUGGUGUCCUUGAAACCAAAGGGCUGUGACAAUAGCAUGUGCUAUUUUUCAGGUCCCCCAACUUAUCACAUUUUGGAUCCAGGGAAAGCUUUCCUGUCAAAUCAAAGGGGAGGGUAGGGCACAGCCUUGGAGUCCCUAAGAGGCAGAGCAACCAGUGGCACGAGACAGGCAGCUGAGACUCAGAAGACUUUACUGGCCUCUCCAUUUCCUAGGGUGAUGGCUGAAGCCAGAGGUGGCCCUGUCCAGCCCUAAACCUUCAGCUGGGCUGGUGGCUCUCUAAUUACAUACAGAGUCCUAGAUCCUGAGAGCAGGAAAGAUCCCUCACUUAGCAGAUCGUGGAAACAGUGAGGAUAGAGAGGGAAUCACGUCCCUGAGGCAGCACAGCUGGGCAGGCCCACUGCCUCCAGCUAGUGUCUCUCUGCCUCACUGUACAUAGAUUUCCUGGGAAAGCUUGAUGGGGCCUGAUUGGCCCAAGUGCCAUUAUGCCCAGCACAGCAUCUGCCUCCUUGAUGAAAUGGUAGAAUUCUGGGCAGUGUGUUGGCAGUUAGAGGUCCCACGGACAUCCUGGCAAGCAGCUGAAUUUUUUCCAGCUCAGCCCCAAAGGACAAGUUUGAACCUGAGACCUAGAAGAAACCUGGACCUCUACUUCAGAGGACCUAACCAGCCGCAUGGGCACCAUACUCUCAACUAAACUUGACCUCAGCCAGGGCUACAGUCAGUUUAUCCUUAGCAAAGAAAAAGAAAAAGAAAAUGUGACUUCCUAUUUCCGAGUGGGAUGGGGCUUAGCUGACUUACAAAGCAGGCUCGGAAGUUGGACAUCAAACAGAUUGUGCAGAGCUCUAUUGGGAUGAGAUAAGUGUAAAGGAAUUAGAAACGUACAGGCCAAAUUCCCCUCUGUUUGGGCAAAGUAUGGCCCGAGAUGUAUGGAGAGCAAGCUCGAGGUUAAUUAAAGAUGAAGUAUUCAGGGAAACAGGCCAGGCACCUGACUGUGUGCCCAGAACUGUGCCAGGCACAGGGCCAAAAAGAUGAAUUAACACAGCAUGUAAUUACGGCACACAUGCAGUGCCAGGCUGGACGCACGUGGAGUGAGUGUAGCCACCCCUCCUGGCCGAGAGAAACUCACUCACAAGAUGGGACAAGCAUCUGUGUCCUAGCUUACACAGUCUUGGCCCCUGGCUUCAGGCCAGUUCAGUCCUCAUCUUUCCAGAUCCAUCCUGUAGGUAGAUUGACGAAUUCCAAAAACCCCCUCACCCAAACAGUCAAGGGUUUAAAGAAAGAUGUAUGAGCCAGUGAAUCAGAUAGACCCGUGCCGAGCGAAGAACCAGAGCCAGUGUGGGUCACAUAGGUGCAGCCAAAGUCCACAGAUCCCAAGGACAACCAGCUAGCCAGAGUCUAAGAGGAAUUCAGCUUGCUGGCAUUUGUCAUCUGAGGCACCUAACAGGACUCCUCAGGGAGACACUAGGAUCCUCACCGCAUAUCCGAGUGCCUCCAUUCUGUAAGCAGCCAUUCAGACUUGCCUCAGCCCAUAACAUGCCCAUUCCUUUGAAAGCAGCAUGCAUUAUUUCUUAACACUUCCACAUUUGACCCUGAGGCAGGCAGGAAGGACAGGAAGCCUGUGCCCCAGCGUAUUAAGUGUUCUGCCUAAAUGUAGGCAGCACAUGCCUCAAGGAGCCCAGGGUUCCCUCUCUCACAUGCCUCAGGGAGCCCAGGGUUCCCUCUCUCUCGGGAAAAUUAACAAUAGGGUCAAACAGCUCUCCUGGGCCAGUCUCAAUGACCCUGUCUCCAGCCACUGACCGAACGCACCAGCAGUGAAAGCAGGGAGAGCCCAUUAUCCACUGAACGGGUGUAGUAAGUAGUAGGCCUUCUCAGAAGUCACAACAGGCAGCUGAGGGCCCCUUCAGUGACAGUAAAAGAUCUAGAGUCCCUCUGCUGACUCCCGGUACAGCUGUCCUUAUUCUGAAAGACCUGGACUACAUUACCUUCAAGAUGAACUGCUUCUCAGCUCCGUUUAGAUUAGGGAAAGCUGAGGAGUUCAGGCCACUCAUCCCACCAGCCCAUCCUCCAGCCCAGCACCGAUGUCACAACAGGCCUCCAAGAGGAGCAAAAAGCACAAGAAAGGACAAGAAAAGUUUUACUCAGAAGUUGUACCUUUGAUGGUACCCUGUGUGGCCCAGGACAGAAUUGAGGUUGGUGAUAGUUUUUUAAUGGUGGUGACAUAAGAACCUGAGUCCUUUACUGGCUCUUCUAGAACCUCAUGAUGUGGCCCUACUAAGCUUGCCAGCUAUGUCUCAUUUAUCCCAACCUGUGCCUGACCAAAAGGAAUCCUAGUUGUCACUUCCAAACUAGACAGAAUAUUCCACACAUGCUGCUUCCUAGACCAAAGCUCCCUUUUGUCCCCCUAACAUCUUAUCCUGUAAAGAUCAACUCAGCACUCCUCAAGAGCCCCCCUGUACUUCCUGUGUGCUUUCUCAGCAUCUCACAAUAGCUUCUUCCCACGUUACCACUGUCUGCUUGUGAAUUUGCUCCCCUGUGGGCCUUUACGGCAGAAGUCACAAAGGUGGUGCUCUCACAGGGGUGGCAAGAAGGAAAGAGAGAAAAGGAAGAAAGGUAUGACAGUAGGAAGGGAGAGACAGAUUUAGUUCUGCAAUGGAAUAGCUUCCAUCAAGCCCAAGCUGGUGGAGAAUGGUGCCUGAAGACAAGGUGCUUUCUGCUGGUGGAGAAGUAUAGGCAGGGCCAGGAGUCCACUGGCUGGAGAUGUGGUAGCAAGUUGAAGUCUUGGCAGGGGACUGGUGUCGAUGACAUUGAGGGCGCCUCCUGGCUCUGUAAUGCUCAAGCUCUUUGAACAUUGUUAUUUUUCAAAAAAUUCAUCUAGGCAGCCAAAAAUAUCACCCCAGCUGGCUGUCUAAACUAGCAGGGUUCAGGAAUUAGUUCAGCCCGCCCCACACCCCGCCCUCAUUCUUCAACUGCCCAGCCAGGACUGCUGCGAGCUGGCAGAGCCGCCUGCUGGCCUGGGCAGGGGGACCCUGGGGAAGUGGGAGAGUGCUGCCCUGGAGCCUAGCUGCUGGCACAGCCCAGAGCUCCUUGUCUCUGUCCCCUGACCUCAGGGAGUGCAGACAAGACUCACAAAACCUGAUUAGGCCCUACCGGGUCCUUUCCACGGAAUGUCCCCUGUACAUACCCUUUUUUCAAAGGUGAGCUGGACUGUUGCUCUCCAGAGAUACUCUGGAUACUUCACUUAGAUAGGUGACCUUGGGCAAGUCCCUGCCCCCUGGAGCCUCCAUUUCCUCAUCUGUCACAUAGAGACAUUGUUUCCUCGGGCUAGGAAGGAGGAUGCAGGGGACAGUGUGGAGGACCUGUAAAGGUGAGAUUCAAGCCUCCCCAGACUCAGGGUUAGGCUUCCCCCCAGGACCACAGCUGCCCUGAGAUGGGAGUCUGUGGCGUGCAGGAAGGAUGACAAGACUUGCUGACUCCUCCACUGAGUCCCACUGUGGGAAAGUGAGCUUUGCGCGGCCCAAGUCUAAGAUGUCCCCUGUGAGCUGCCCAGACAAAGGGCUCAGAACUUUUGCGACCCUGGUAGCUAGGGUGGGAAGGUCAGUUCUUAGUCAAAGCAGGCUAUAGCCCCUCCUUGAGGCUCAUAGAAAUUUCCAAUAGCCCCCAGCAUGCCAUUCUGUGCCACACAAGCUUCUGCUGUCAGUGUAUCUGGAGGUACUCGUGGUGUUGUUCUUUUUAAUCACCUCUUUCCUCACCGCUGUGAAUUAUGAAGAGUUCUUUAAGAAUAUAAUAGAAGACAAAGAAAGAUGUUAUUAAUGUUAUUUUGCCAAAAAUAUUUUUGUAGCAUAAUAUAUUAUUAAUAAAAGCCAUUACAAACUGGA